AUGGACGCUCUGCGUGCCAUGAGUGGGAACAGAAAUGGCUUGAUCCCUUGGUUUUUGAGCUUGUUUGAGCCAGAAGAACCGACAAAGAAUGUAGGCAAGGGCAUGAUGGAGGCCAACCCAGUCCACGUCGCAAAUGCCCCGUCGCUGCCUUUGGGAGGAGUACCUGGAAGUGAAUCUGCAAGCCAGGAUUUCUUAGAGAGCUCGGCGCAGCUCAGCGCAGACACUACUGCGGCAAGUCCUGUAGCGAGCUCAGUGACUGAGACUGUCUAUCGGGCCGUCGAUCCCACAUUGGCCACUGAAGGCGCUCUCUGGUUCCCUGAUUUGUUGGCCGGUGACUCGACUGGCAUUUUGCCUUUUAUUUUGACGGCUACCAUCAUCACGAAUGUUACCUCUGGCCUGCGAGGCCCAACGGCCCAGGAAAUCUCACGCCUGCCGAAGCUCGAGAUGUAUAGGGCUACGAAUGUCGCUACCCUCCAGACCAAGUUCCUGGACAAGUACAUGUUCAAGAGGCCUGCUAUGAAGAGUUACGUUCCGAAAUACGUGCGGUACGAAAAGGCAGGCGAUCCUUUCGGACUGAAGUUGAAAUAG